CUUGGCUAAGACCCAAACUAAAGACUGAAAAAAAAUAUAAAAAAAUAACAAGAAGAUGAAGUACAACUCUUUGGCUUCUCUUUCUUACAGAGGAACAACUUUUCUUCCAACCCUCGUCCUCUUACUGUUUGUAAUCAAUUUCCCUUCAGUCAUAUGCACCUACGUAUGGCACACAUGCGAUAAUUCCUCAACUUUCACCAAUGGCAGCACCUAUUCCACAAACUUAAACCUAGUUAUCAACGAUCUGUAUCUUAAUGCACCUAAAAGUUCAGGGUUUAACACUUCUUCCCAUGGCCAAUCUCCCAGUAAGGUAUACGGUCUGCUCCAGUGCACUGGAAAUAUAUCAGUAGAGAGAUGCUCAAAAUGUGCAGUGGAAGCAAAUAACACCAUUCACGACCUUUGCCCCAACGACAUAGGUGGGAAAAUAUGGUUGGAUGACUGCUUCAUGCGCUAUUGGAACUCUAAUUUCAUUUCAACACUAGACACUACAGGAAUUUCCUUGUUGAACACGGUGGAUAUUAGUAAAAGUAGAGAUGCUUUUGAGAACACAACGAGCAGCCUUCUGUCGAAUCUGUCAGACAAAGCUUACAUCCCUGCAAAUAAGGGUUUCGCUGCUGGAACAGCCAAAUAUAAUGCUACUGGUAUAUUGUAUGGUUUAGUUCAGUGUUGGAGAGAUAUAUCAAUACAAGAUUGCAGAAUAUGCCUGGCUAAAGCAAGAGCAAAUCUGAGCGAUUGCUGUUCCACAAAAGGAGGAGCCCAGUUUCAGAGCGGAAGCUGCAAGGCAAGGUUUGAGAUAUACUACUUUUUCCGCUCUGCAGAUUCGCCCACGCCCUCGCCCUCGCCCUCUCCCUCUCCGUCCCCUGAGGAGUCUAUACAUCCACCUACUUCCACACCAGAAAAAACAGCGUCAAAAACAAUACCUAUCACUUUGGGGCUUGUGGGAGGCAUCAUCCUGGCUUUAUUUAUUUCUCUGAUCAUAUUCAGAAAAAGGAUUAAAUCUCUUUUCUUUAAGGAACCAGUAACUGUUGGUACUCCUAACGAAGCUACAGAGAUACAUGGAUUUUUCCCUGAAACUGGGUUAAUGCAAGACCAAAAUUUGAUCUAUAGCUUAGAAGCUCUAGUAGAAGCAACAGAAAAUUUCCAUGACAACAAUAAACUUGGAGAGGGAGGCUUUGGUGCAGUAUACAAGGGGAGAACUAGAGAUGGAAAUGAGAUAGCCGUGAAAAAACUUUCUGCCAGAUCUAAACAAGGCAAGAAAGAAUUUAUGAAUGAAGUAAAACUGGUGGCCAAUGUUCAGCACCGGAACCUUGCGAGGUUGCUAGGCUGUUGUGUAGAGGGAAAUGAAAGGUUGCUUGUUUAUGACUAUUUUCCCAACAAGAGCUUAGACACGUUUCUUUUUGAUCCAGAGAAGCGUAAAGAGUUAGACUGGCAAAAGCGUUAUAAUAUCAUCAUUGGAAUUUCUCGUGGGCUUCUCUACCUUCACCAAGAAUCACAAUUGAGAAUCAUUCAUAGAGAUAUUAAAGCAAACAAUAUCUUGCUUGACCACAAACUCAAUCCGAAGAUAGCUGAUUUUGGUCUAGCUAAACUUUUUCCUGAAGACAAGACACAUAUCCAUACAAGAGUUGCAGGCACAUAUGGUUACAUGCCUCCAGAGUAUGCAAUGCGAGGGCAACUGUCAGUUAAAGUAGACGUUUACAGUUUUGGAGUAGUGCUGCUCGAGAUAGUUAGUGGAAGGAAAAACAAUGAUAAUCAUCUUCCCAAUGAUAUGCAACACCUUGUAGAAUGGGCAUGGACACUAUUCCACGGAGGAAAUGCGCUGAAUAUGGUAGAUUCGGAGGCAUCGGGAGUCAGUCAAGAGCAAGUCUUAAGAUGCAUUCAUGUUGGGCUUCUGUGUGUACAAGCAAAUGCAGCACUUCGUCCAGUUAUGUCUGAUGUUAUUACGAUGAUCUCUAGCAGUUCAGUGACAUUGCCAAAUCCUUCAAAGCCUGUUUUUGUAAGUACAGGUGAGAGCCAUUCUCCAAAACCAGAGGCAAAGUCAAUGUCAAGUUGGGGAAUUCACGAGCAUAAAAUCAUAACAACAUCACAGAUUUAUGGGGCAACUACGUCAUCUUCAUCAGGGAUUCCUUCAGUAAACGAUGCUUCAAUUACAGAAUUAGAAACUAGGUGAUUUCACAUACCAUGAAUUAUCAAGUUUCAACAUAAACAACAACUAUGAAUUCCAUACGAGUGUUGGUAUAUAUGCACUUUAUGUAAAUGCUUAAUCAGAGUUCAUUGAGGGCCAGCUGUCAGUUAAAAUUUAGUAGGGCUUACCUUAUUUCAUGUAAAGCUGAAUUUGACGGCAUAUGGACAGUU